UGGUUUCCCGACCAGCCGCGUUCUAUAAGUCAUCGCGUCAACCCCGCGGAAUUAGCGCCGUGGAUCUUAUAAGAUUGAUAACCCGCCCGCUUCGAAAUAUGUCACCAGGCGGCAUGCUUCGUUCCAUUUAUCGCAGGGUCACGUCAGGCCGCGGCGACGAGGCCAUCAAGCUGCGAGAUGAUGGUUUCUACACUGCCAAAGCUGCAGACGCUCUUUUCCCACGAACAACACCCGAGAUCGACGGCGACGAGUGCCUGCACGACUGCGCGAGCUGCUCGAUAGCGUACCCGAGGAAAUUCGCCAUUGAUGAGGAAGACGAGCUCUAUGGGUUUAUCAACGGCUUCGCCAGACACCUCAUUGUGGCCACUGGUGAGACGGAUUGGGUGCGAUCAGUGGAAGAUGUCAAAGGCAGCGUCAUGGAGGCCGUGGGCGAGCACAUAGACAAGGUCGAAGGAGGGAAAUUGAUGCUGAGUGCCAGCAACAUCCCACCGCCGGAUAUCUCAGGCAAUCACGUUGGACCGUAUGGUGUCGAUCGACCGACGACAGUGUUGCUCAUGCCCUCCUUCACCUACAUCGAGAAUGUCACACCCAAGCACGUUCCGGAGCUGAUCAAGAGUGUCAUAAACACUGCUCCGACUGCAACAAUGCCACUCGAUGCUGAGGAGACCCAAGACUCCAAUGGCUCUGCCAAGGAAGAGGGCAAUGGUGAUGCACCACACACCCCUCUGCCAUCUCCUCCAAAGGACCUUCCUGCUGGCCUAUCUCUCCGCGCCUGUCCCCACAAGUACAUCAUCUUGCUCUGCUCACAAGCAACACGCGAUGCCCGCUGCGGCCAAUCCGCACCACUCCUCCGAAAAGAACUAGAACGACACCUGCGACCUCUUGGACUCUACAGAGAUCUUCACGAUGAACGGCCCGGUGGCGUGGGAAUCUACUUCAUCUCACAUGUCGGCGGCCACAAGUACAGCGCAAACAUGAUGGUAUAUCGCCGAGCCGAACCGCGGCGAAAUGUGCAACAGCAAAUCAACGGCACCGCGAACGAAAUUGAAGGGGAAGCUGCACAAUGUAUUUGGCUUGCCCGGAUACGGCCGGAGGAUUGCGAGAAUGUGGUGAGGUUUACAGUACUGCAAGGCAAAGUUGUCAAACCAGAGCGCCAGUUGCGCGGUGGCUUCGAUCGAGAGAAGGGACUUGUAAGCUGGUGACGUUAACGUCGAGUCGACUACUACCUAGAACAACUAUGUGUAGCUUCACAGCACUCUCAAGCCUGAAUGAACCCUGCUACAUGAGUGCUUACGCUGCGAUCGAGAGCCCUCCCCCGCUACGUCACGAUACUGUCGAGAGAAUUGUCUAUCGCACGAUGCAUUACUCGAUGCCCUAGAUUGCCAAUAUAGCGACCUCGAAGC